GGUAUUGUGUCUGGUCGGUGGUCUGGUCCAACAGGCGGCCCCGAGUUCAUGCUAGGUAACCCGGACCCGCGCGUCCUCUCCCGCCUCGCUGUCCAGUCCACCACGCCUCGCGUCUACUUUGCUCGGACGUCGGGAGCCGCGGAUGUAGCUCAGGACCGCCUCAAAUGGAGCGGUCAAGGUAGCAGCAACAAGCCGCCGGGCUGUGUCGCCAUGUGAUUUUUCACUCACCGCGGGAUUUAUCGAGAGGCUCCAGCAUGCCGAAGGAAAAGCCGUGCCUGAGUCAGGUCACGUCCACCAAGUGUGCCAAAGACAAGAGCAACAGUUCGACCCUGCUGGCCAUGCGCGACGCCAAGCACUCGAACGUCUCCAGCGGACGAGGCUCCUGCUACAGCUCAGAGAAUGACUCGGGCUUCUCUGACAACGGAUCGGAAUGGCAGCAGACAGAUUCGGAGGAGCAGCAAAGCUUGAAGAGUCAGUCUUCAGCGGAAGCAAAGACCCACCAAAAAGAUGGGCGGGACUCAGGGAAGCCUGCUGUGGCCGCUGCUGGACCCCCGAUCCAGCCCCUCUACAUCAUCAAGAACAUUGUUGUGAACCAGGGCGACAAGGCUGAGCCCAGCGUGGCUGAGCCGACCCUCCCCAUCAUCGUAGCACCUGACUCAACCCAGCAGAUGCAUGGUGGCAGUAGUGACCCGCUUCCUGCUCCUCACCUGAUCCUCCUGCAGCAGCCCAUCUUGAUGCCCACCUCCUUCCAGAGCCACAAGUCUGUGACACGGAAAGCCAACGCCGCCGGGAGGAAGGCGAGCGCCACGUACUUGCCGAUACUGAACUCUUACCCUCGCAUCGCGCCGCACCCCUGCAAGAAGCAGCCGCCUGACAAGGCCGUCAGCGAAGCGCAGAACCUCAUCAAGAGGGUCUGCACCGAGCCAGUGGCGGGGCCCAAGCAGAAUGUUCCGGCGCAGCCUGAAAAAGUCCCGCAGAGCAGCUCGCGCCACCGUCGCUUCCUCAACACCGUGGGGAUCCUGAGUCAGUCGGGGCUGCUGGACAUCACCGUGCAGACCAAAGAGCUGCUGCACCAGAGCAUGGCCACCGACCGAGACAUCGCUCUGCUGCGGCAGCACACCGAGCUGCUGUGCCAGGCCGCCUGCAGCGGCAGCAGCACGCCCCCUGGUGGCAGACCUGCCUGGGAGAGCCUGCACAGGAUGAUGCAGGAAUCGGGCUGCUACCCCGACCUCAGCCCUCUGCAGGAGCAGACCAGUCAGCCGAGGAAAGCUGAGCUGAAGGCGGCCACGCACUGUGACACGCAUCCUGCCUCUGAAAUACUCGAGCCAAACGGAAACCGUGAGCCGCCUCAGUUGAACCGCGUCCAGGAGCAGGAACUCAAGGCAGCUUCUUCCAAGGUGGCUGUCAUGAGUCCUGAUAGUUCCACCAGCUAAAACAGACUUGUAACAUUCGAAGGGCGAGUCGCGGAGCAAGUGCCACUGAAGUGCACGACAGCCGCUCUUGUUUUGAAGAGCUCUGACA